AUGUCACCAAUUCAUCGUAAUCAUACGAUAUUUUCCCAUCCAUCCUCAAGCCAUUUCGUGUCACCCCUAAUUCUACCUGAAAGUAUAACCCCAGAUGCCGCAUACGAUGACAGUAUUCUGGACCAAGUGUCACGCCGACCAGAAGACGGGUCAAUCGACUUUAUCGCCCAUGUUUAUGUCAUGCCAUGCCUGCUUAUUAUCGGUAGACUGUUUUUACCAUCCCCUACUCUACCUUUGUAAUAUCUUAGUUUACCCUAACCUACCAUGCCCCACAUCACAUUAAAAAAGCCAUUUUCCCGAAAAACCAAAAAAUUAUUAGAAAUUAAGACCCUACCUUACUUAACAAGUCGUAACUUAUGACAUAAAAUAGUAAAAGCCACAAUUCUUUGUCAAAACAUCACCAAGACUCUGACACAUCAUGAUAAUCUUAAAAUUUCAGGAUUCAUCAACCAGUCGUUAAACAUUGGCACUUUAAACUCACUAGCAUCAGCUGGCUACCUAUACCUCAAAGCCUCCGCCAUCGCGGACGUCCUAUCCAUAAUAGCACUAAUACCGUUUUGUGUACGACAAGGUCAUGCUCACAAUGCACACUCGUACAUGGCAAUGUUCUUUCACGCUCACAUUGAACUACCACUCAUUAAUUCGUUGAUUACUGCAAGGUAUGACAUUAUUUUUAUUUCUAAUGGCAAAUGUCAUAAAACCCUCAUUUCUAAUGAAAAAUGUCAUAAGAUACUCAUUACAAACUCAAAAUUAAAAAAAAUCAUUUUAGUGCCUUAUGUCUAGUAGCAAUGACUAUCGACCGAUACCUCUCAAUUCGCCACCCAAUCACCUUCUACAACACACCAGACUGUAAAAACCGAAUACGACACUCAAUAACCAUCCUGUUCGCUGUUUCUUUCAUCCUAUUCAUACCAUCUGGAUGGCAAAAAGUCUUGGUACCACAUUGGGACUCAAAGCACCAAACUGUCUUCUGGACCAUCGAAGUCAAUCGACCACUAAAUCAGUCGACAAUCUUCCAAACAUACCUAAUGUUCAGAGAAUUCAUCAGUCGAUUAGGACCGAUUGUCAUAUUGACUGUACUAAAUGUUGGUAUGAUAAGAUCGUUACGAAGAAUCAAGAUACGAUACAACUCGAGGAGAGUGAAUCAGCCACCAAGGGUCAGAGAAAUGGACAGAACGAGGAUAUCAGUGCUGUUGCUGAUAACAUCAGCCACUUUUGUUAUCUGCACCUUGCCUGCAAGUGUACUGAGUUUGUUCGUCAGCAAAACCCACAAAUACGACGACUGGAAGUUCCAACUAUUCAGAGCGUUUGCUAAUUGUCUACAAGUCUCACAGUAAGUCUUUUAGGCAAUAUAAAUGAUCUGUGCUGUAUUUGUAACAAAAACAAUGGCACAACAUACAUAACGUUGAAAUCUUUACUUAGUUUAAAACGCCUUUUAUCAUAGUAGCUAGCCAAUAAAAUAGUCUGUAGUCACAUAAAGUGUCAAGCCUCUAGCUAUCUGUUUAAAAAGCUAUAAUGAAAAACAUCCUUCACCUUGACUUCACCUACUAUAAUAUCGAAAAUCCACGCAUUCUCGACUGAACCUGAUCCAAAAUGCUAAACUCUUCAAUUCAAAUCCUUCACAACAAUCUUCUAAUCAUUUUGUUUUCAGUUAUCUCCAUAAUUUUUACCUAUACACGAUCUGCUCAUCCGAAUACCGACACGCGUUCCUCAAACUCAUUGGUUGUUACAAACCGAACCGAUUCUCAAACUCCACCGGCGACUCUCCAACCAUACGAUUCUCAAACACAAAUGUAGCUCAAUAUUUACUUACUCGGAUCAAUGGAAAGUAUAUUGGACGUAAAAAGCUUUCAACAACUCAAAUCCCGUUUGAUUUUGAACGAAAAACUCCAGCUUCCGCCUGA